CUUUCAACAAUCUUACAUUAUCGCCAAGCGACCAUGCCCGAAAGUCCGUCCAAGCGUUGCAAGGCCGACGCGGCGCCGGCAGCCCUUGUCUGCGACAACUUCAUCAAUGGCGUCUUUACACCCGCAAAAGCGGGGGGGUACUUGAACAUCGAGUCGCCGUCCACGGGAAAUGUAAUUGGAAAAGUCACGCUCUCGGACAAGACCGACGUCGAUGUUGCCGUCGCGUUCGCAAAACAAGCGUUUGGGACCUGGAGCGCAAUGACGGUGAAAGCACGAGCGGCAAUCAUGCUUAAGUUUCACGAACUGAUUCGCCAUCAUGUCGACGAACUGGCCGACCUUGUGGUACUGGAAAAUGGCAAGAACAAGAGCGAAGCCAUUGCGAGUGUGCUCAAGGGGAAUGAAACGGUGGAGUACGCAUGCAGCUUGCCUCAACUUCUCCAAGGACGUGUGUUGGAAGUCAGUCGUGGAAUCACGUGCCACGAAACCCGCGAUCCAUUGGGGAUCAUUGUGUCCAUCGUGCCGUUCAACUUUCCUGUCAUGGUGCCGCUGUGGACUGUCCCGAUUGCGCUCACCACUGGCAACUGUGUCAUCCUCAAGCCGUCCGAGAAGGUCCCCGCCACCAUGACCCGUGUGGCCCAGCUUCUCGCACAGGCGGGGGUGCCACCUGGUGUAUUUCAGAUCGUCCACGGACAAGCUCCCCCCGUGACUGCAUUAGUCGAUCACCCCGACGUCAAAGCGGUGACGUUUGUCGGAUCGUCGCCGAUUGCUCAACUCAUUUCACGUCGUUGCCGCGCCAUCGACAAGCGCGUCUUAGCUUUGGGUGGGGCAAAGAAUCACUUGGUUGCGUUGCCCGAUGCACCUGUGGAUGCCACUGCACGUGACGUCGUCGCUUCGUUUGCAGGAUGCGCUGGGCAGCGUUGCAUGGCGGCGUCGGUGCUGCUUCUUGUGGGCGACUGUUCGGCGCUGGUCGAUGCAGUGGUGACCAAGGCCAAGGCGUUGACGCGAGGAACGGCCGCUGGUCAAGUUGGCGCCAUCAUCGACGCGGCCUCCCAGCGUCGAAUCCUGAAGUAUAUUGACGAAGCUGAAGCGGGGGGUGCCAGUGUCUUGGUGGAUGGCCGUCCAUGGGCCAAGGAAUCGAAAGGGUACUGGGUCGGGCCAACCGUGUUGCUGCAUACAAACCCGAGCGACGCCGCGCUGCACGACGAGAUUUUUGGGCCCGUCAUUUCUGUUUAUCAAGUCGACUCGUUUGAAGAAGCGCUUGCGAUCGAAAAUGCUAGCCCGUUUGGCAACGCCGCGUGCAUUUAUACGAGCCAUGGUGGGAACGCCGAGUAUUUUCAAUCGCGGUUCCGCGCCGGCAUGAUUGGAGUCAACGUGGGCGUCCCUGUCCCGCGGGAGCCGUUUUCGUUUGGCGGCAUGUAUGGCACGCAAAGCAAAUAUGGAGACAUGGACAUCACGGGCGACGGAUGCGUCGAGUUUUGCACGCACCGACGCAAGAUCACGUCCAAGUGGAGCCCAAGCGAAGGAAGCACGAGAGCUGCCCCAACGUCGACGGUAGUGGACCGCGCCAACUUUGCAGGACACAUGUAGAAGAAUAGCACGACAGGAAUACAUUGGAUUGCGUGGAUGCCGGAGGACGCGACGACGGAAUGAGGUGGAAAGACGUUUGCAUAAAUGGCCGACAUCGCGAUAAUUUGAUGCGAAGCGGUCCAUCGUGCAUAGCUAGGAGAUCGGAUGGAAGCAACAGUGGGGCGGGUGC